AUCUUCUACCAAACGUCUUUCUCUAUCUUCUAUUCAGCGUUUUAUAUAAAACAUCUCUAGACCCAUACACAUCCUCAUAGUCUAAAUCCACGAACAAGAUAUAAGUUACCUAUCGACAAAAUCAUAUCUUCACCACCGUGAAGGACAGUGUAUACAAAUACUAAGAUGAAACAAGAUAAUCCAAGUUUCGUCUUACAUGGUAUACAAGAUGUGAAAUUUGAGAAUCGUCCUAUCCCUCAACUGGUCGAUGAUCAAGUUUUGGUACAAGUUGAAAAAACGGGUAUUUGUGGGAGUGAUGUUCAUUAUCUCCUUCACGGGAAGAUAGGAACGUUCGUACUCGACAAACCCAUGUGUUUGGGCCACGAAUCCAGUGGUGUAAUCGUCAAACUAGGACCUAAAGCGGAUAAAGUUGGGAAAGUCAAAGUUGGUGAUAGGGUGGCUUUGGAACCUGGACAAGUUUGUAGGGUUUGUGAGGUUUGUAAAGUCGGAUUGUACGAGCUAUGCCCUAAUAUGGUAUUCGCAGCUACACCACCUUACACUUUUGGCACUUUGGCCAGGUAUUACGCCCUACCCGCAGAUAUGUGCCACCCUCUCCCCUCCACUGUAUCUUUCGAACAAGGUGCAAUGAUGGAACCACUUUCCGUCGCUUGUCACGCCGUGUCAACUUUGGGACAAUGCCGUUCAGACCAAAGUGUGGUGGUAUAUGGUGCUGGUCCCGUUGGUCUUUUAUCGAUGGCCGUCGCGAAAGCUUUAGGAGCUAGACGGGUGGUAGCUGUCGAUAUUGCUGAGAAAAGGUUGGAAUUUGCUAAAAAGACUUUUGCUACGGAUACCUUUUUACCUCCGGCAAAAGAACCAAACGAACUUCCAGACAAAUACUACGCUCGUGUGACUGAAACUAUAAAAUCUCAACUACAAAUCCCUUAUAUGGGUGAUGGAUCAAUAGAUCUCGUGAUUGAAGCUUCUGGAGCGGAUGCUUGUGUUGGAAUGGGAUUACAUAUUUUGAAACCUUCUGGGACUUUCGUUCAAGUUGGAAUGUCACCAUCAGAUACAUCCGCAGUACCAAUGUUUCAAAUAAUAGCUAAACAACUUCGUGUACUAGGUUCAUUCCGUUAUGGAGCACAUGAUUAUCCUUUGGCGAUUUCUCUAGUGGCAAGAGGUUUGAUAGAUUUAUCAGAAUUGGUCACUCAGAGAUAUGAGUUUGAAGAUGCUAAGAAGGCUUUUGAAACUACUAGAGCAGGUAAAGAUCCAGAGGGUAACCCCGUCAUCAAAUGUAUAAUCAGUGGACCUAAGUGA